CGCUCGUCGUUCUGUUGGCUUGGAAGAAAAAAAGCUUACCAUAAAACCGUGAACAAAUUAGCUGUUUCUACCUUGCGAGGGCUGUUUGUGCUCCUCUAAAAAAUCGUUCCGUCGUGUAGUGUUUAUCCCCGUGGUUCAGGAUUAAACCCGAGUGAAACAUAUAAUCUUCUACUAAAACGAGAAUCGUUCGCAACCGCAGUAGCUAGGAAAGGCCAACGAAAGGGUGCCUCCCGGGGGGUGCUGGUGAUAGGCAGGCUUUUCCUACGUUCGGUUUCCGUUUCGGUGAAAUGAUGAUCAUAGCAUCAUGAAACGGCCGUGAAUGAAAAUCUAGUGUCCAACAUUCUGCGGCGGUCUCUUUCAAGCACAGAUCAUUAAAGGAUCUACUUUCCCUCGUGCACAUUUGUGUGUGUAUCCGCCUGUUUGUGUGCGUAUGUGUUCUUACGUGUCGGUAAAUUCAAAAAUAAUUUAUCGUUCCGGAAUCUAGUGCACUUUGAGUUACGAAAAAUUACUUGCUGCUUGCGUCGGAUCGAGAAGAAAACGGUUACAUACACCUAGCAGAUUCUAGCUUCUAAUCAACGGUUUUCCAGCGGAAGGGAAAUAAUAUUAACAUCAACAAUGGCGGUGCAGGAGCUUGAAAUCGGCACAUCGUGGGGCAAAGAGCUAUGGGACCAGUUCGACAACCUAGCAACACACACGCAGAAAGGAAUUGACUUUUUCGAGCGAUUUGGAAACUUCAUCCGCGAUCGCAGUGCCAUCGAAGUCGAAUAUGCACUAAAGCUUAGACGGCUCGUGAAAAACUACCAACCCAAAAAGAACAAAGAGGACGAAGAAAAUGAGUUUUCCACGCUGAUCGCCUUCAAAAACGUCCUCAAGGAAGUGGCCGAUCUGGCCGGGCAGCGCGAGGUGGUGGCGGAGAAUCUUCAGAAUCAGGUGCUGCAGGGCAUUACGCUGCUAGCGAAAAAUCUUCGGGACGAGCGCAAAAAGUCGCUUAACCAGGGCGCCCUGCUGACCCAGUCCCUGCACACACAGAUCGGUACGCUUGAGCGGGCGAAGCGGAGCUACGAGAAGGCGUUCCGCGAGGCGGAGAAGGCCCUCGAGGGCUAUCAAAAGGCGGACGCCGACUUCCACCUGAGCCGGGCCGAUGUCGAGAAGCAACGGGUUAACAUGAACAUACGCAACAGCCAGUCGGAGGACGCCAAGAGCGAGUACGCCAAUCAGCUGCAGAUUACGAACAAACUGCAGCAGCAGCAUUACCAAACGGCCCUGCCUGAGGUGUUCAACCGGCUACAGGAAUUGGACGAAAAGCGAACACGUGGCAUGAAGGAAUUCAUCAAACGGUCGGCAGAUGUCGAGUACGAAGUUUCGCCCAUCAUUGCCCGCUGCCUGGAGGGUAUGGUGAAGGCGGCCGAUUCGAUUAACGAGAAGGACGAUUCGAUGAUUGUUAUAGAGAAAUAUCAGUCCGGCUUUCAACCACCCGGAGACAUACCGUUCGAGGAUCUCUCAAAGCCCGACCCGGACGCCGCCAACAAUUCGCAGACCCACAACUCCAGCACCGGACUGAACCACAUGACGGGGAAGGGCACGACGAAGGAUAAGUUGAAAAAACGAGUUGGCAUUUUCGGUAUCUUCACCGGCAACAAGAAGAUUCUCGAAGCCUGCAUAAAUGUUAAGAACAACCUUUCGACGGACGGUUUGAAGGAGGAUUUCAGCGAUUUGCCACCGACGCAACGGCGAAAAAAGCUUGCCGCCAAGGUGCAGGAGCUACAGCAGAAGGUCGCCCAGGAGCAGGCGGCCAGCGAUGGACUGAUGAAAAUGAAGGGCGUCUACGAGGCCAACUCGAUGCUGGGCGACCCGCGGACGGUGGAGGAACAGCUGAACGAAUCGGUUAACCGAUUGGACCGGCUGCGGAUCGAGCUGCAGCGUUACCAGAAGCUGCUGGAUCAGGCCAACAGUCAAACGUGCAACCAGCACAGUCCACAGGCGAACCGCGUGAUACAGAACGGCCAGCGUGUAUCCAGACAUUCCAACGGUAGCAGUAAUCACGAGAACAACCACGACGACAACGGUGAAGAUCACCCCGAUGAUGCCGGUAGCCUUAGCAGGUCAGCUUCCGAAAGUAGUGUACAGCAAGCGCAAAAUGGGCUUAACAUUAACAACAACGGCAGCUCGGCGAGUCCGGAAAGUGGACUUGGUACAUCGCACACCUCACUGCCCGGUUCGGGCCAGGGUAGCACCAACGAACAGCCGCUAAACGACGAGUACUACGAUGCAGACCAACCAUUAGGAACGUGCCGGGCGCUCUAUCCAUUCGAUGCAACGAGCGAAGGUAGCAUUCCUAUGUCGGAAGGUGAAGAACUGCAAGUGAUAGAAGUAGACCAGGGAGAUGGCUGGACCCGAGUCCGGCGGUUUAGCUCCAAGGGUUGGGAGGAAGGAUUUGUACCGACUAGCUACAUUGAGUGUACGCUGUAUGCGUAGUGUUGAUCACCCGAAUAUCCUUAAUCCUUCCAACAACUGGACAGAGGAAUCGCCAAUAAAUCCCGACUCCAGGGCGAUGGCUCCAGUAAAUGUAAAUAGUUACAUGUAGUUAUACUCUGCACAAGAGGAGAAGCGCAGCCGCCAGGCGUAGAACAUACACAUUAUGCUUUAGUCGACAAACUUUAGUGGCAAUACUGACUGCUGAUCGGGAUUGGUGAACCCUGCCUGGAAAGAGAGGACCAUCGGUGAAAUGCAAUAUUAAAACUAUUUUGUGUGCAACACGUGCAACGCAAAUUACUCACUCCCAAAAAUAAUUGUGUGGCACCACAAUGGAACUGUAGGAACGAAACCCCACUCACACUUCUCCUGUAUCCCACCACUUCAUCCCGAUACUACUGUGCCCAUUGUGACAACAAAAGUAGCGCUUCAAAUGGAAAGAUUUUUUUUUACCGACAGCUCUCAUCUUUUCUGGGCAGGACGUCAAGUUUUGCACUCUCACAACAUUUAGGAAAUUACUUUUAUUCCUGUCUAUCAUGAUCAUCCCACAUGAUAAAAAAGCAUGCUUGCAAAAACGCGUCCUCGAAUGACGACAGGCAAUGUUUAUAUUUUAGAGCGUUUUCGCUAGCUUUCAUUCUUUCGUGCUGUAGGUAGUCUUUGUUUUUAAAGAAAAGAAAAAAAGAAUGGUAUUAACGAAUAUAUCAUUGCGCUUUGUUUGCUAGCGACGCGUUAUAGGAAACAUAGCACCGCAACCAUAUUGAAGAACAGAUGUGCGCAUGAUAUUGCCAUUAACUUAGGUAAAUGCAUUCUAUCGCUCGAAUGUAGAGGGUAACCGGUAGAGAUUGACAAUUGUUUACAAAAUAAGUACCGAGCGAACCGAGAUGAGCUUUUUACAAUAAUUUUUGUCUUUCCCUCGCCUGCUAUACUGUUUGUCUUAUAGCGUGUCUUUUUUACCUUUUUUUAUUAUUUCCUUCGUUCGGUUGUGCUCCUGAAUUCUACACGAGAAAUAUGGAGUUUAAAGCUAAUAUCAAAUCUAAUAUAUCGUAAUGAUCAUCAUCAUCAUUAUUAAUCAGCCCUGCAACUGCGAGUACUGUGAGUAAAAGUGAAGCAGGAAAGGUAGCAUAAAAUUUAGGAUAAGGCUGCGAUUGAAAUGUAAAAGAUUAAGUAAAACGCGCAAACGAUUCGAUUUUUUUUGUCGAUAGUGAACAGAGGAUGGAAAGCAUACGAACUGUGUUAAUAUGCUAGAUGUAGGGGGAGUGCCCUUGUGUUUUGUACGGGCACAAUUAAUCGUCAAAUUUAUCCGUCUUUCCGUUUCAAAUUUACCUAAAGUGUAUUGCGUCAGGGUGAGCCGGCAUUGAAACACAAGUAAUCAAAGUACCAGAAUCAAAAGAAAUAAAACAAAAACAACAACCACAAUUCCUUUCUUCAUGCCUUCUCUCUCCUCUCGGGUGUGUGCGUACAGGCAAGGUAUGAAAUAGCGAACGAUCAAUAAUAUAUAUGUUUAAAUAAUGAAACUUAAUAUUAUUCAAAAACCAAACCAACAUUUAACAACCAUUUAACAAAAUAAUAAAACAUUAAACAAUCAACCAACCAACUUUCCAUUACAUUUAUGAACCGAAAAAGUUAAAGCAGUCUUAAUAUCAACAGAACAACCAGCCGUUACGGAGUCUUUAAUCUUUACAAAGCUCUUGCUAUAGUAGUAUGAAAAACAAUGAACUGAAAUAUAAACGAACUAAAGCGACAGUAGCCCUUGGAUAGUGAGAGCAGAGAAAUUCAAUAUAUACCUGAAUAUACUAAAGUUCCAGUCAAGCAAAAGCGUGCAGGCAUAUGUAAAAAAUAAAGAAAAAACUAUUUUACCCGUCGUUAUGGACAACUCAUUCGAAAAAACUUCGUUCGAGUAGGAAACUUUGUAACAGCAACAUUCUGUGCGACCCUUUUACAUUGCUAACAACACACGCUACAAUGAAAAAAAAAAACCUUUCAUUUUCUUCUAGUAUGAAAAGCUCAUUUAAAUAUCUAAAACUAUAUAUUUAUAUAAAAUGGCAUCCAUAUUUAUGAGCUCAAUUGCCUACAGAAUAAAGUAGCCUAGAGAGAGGAAUCGAAACAAACAGUUUCGUACAGCAGUGUGUCAAAAUUACAAAUUCAAGUUGAAAUUGGUAUUCAAAUUCAAAACGAUGCACUAUGCUAAGUGAUCGUGUUCAAUCGUUGGAAGUGAUCCUUAAUGUGCAUGGUACGGUUGAUUGUUCAGUAGAGAACAAACGAUAAAACGAUUCUAUUUAGCUAAGUUACCACGCCUGCGAAUACAAAAAAAAAAAAAAACACGCUCCACAGGAAAAAUGUUGGACUCCAGAGAACUGAUUGAAAGAUAAGAUCAUGCCGGAAAGUGGAAGAGGUACCUAGCUAAAAAGUAUAUAACAAAUUCGAGGGUUUAAGUUUAAGCUGUACAUUGGUGGACAAAAUUUAACAUUUACAUAGCGCGGAGCCGGACAAAAAUUGGAGCAAGGAUUUGCAAGGAGAUUGUAUGUGAAUUAGUAAAGAAAAGCGCUAACAUUUAAACAAACCGGUAUUCAAUACACUACGCAAG